AAAAUAUAUUUUACGUGGUAACAAUUUUUCUACAACGUCAAUGUCAAACACAUGCCACUGGUUUGACAUGUAAACAGUGCAUAUAGGUUAUAUUUUUAUGAAAUUACACAAAAAUGGGCCGUAAAAUUCCAGCAAAAAAACAUCGUGGCGUGAAGGAUCCUUUGAAACAGCAAGAACAACGAUUUCAGAGCAUAAAAGACAAAAUAAAUGCUCCACCGACUGAUCCGGAUGAGCAACCCAUACCAAAGUCGCUGCAGCGUCUUUUUGCUUUCAAAGAGCGGACACCCUCAUCUAUUGUGAAGAAAAAGAAGUCACGUUCGAUAGCAGCUCAUGCCAAGCGCGAUGAUAACCCCGUGACAGCACUUAAGCGAAUGCCUGGUGAGGCGGGCCGCGCCUUCUCCAUGCGCAUCAAUAGUGCCGUGCGGGCGCUGCAUAACACCGACCAGGAGGACUACCCUUUAGACCUCGAAGAAACGGACACCAGAGGCGAAUACAUAGCAUCGCAGCGCGAACGACGACAGAAAAAGCAUCGUCAGGCCAUCGCCAAGGAAAAGGGGUUAGGGGGGCAAAAGGGGGCAAAGGCAGAGGAGCGUUUGAGCAAGUCACGGCGGCGCGCGCUUAAGAGGAAGGAGCAGCAGAAAGCUAAGGAAGCUGAGACGAAAACAGCGCUUGAGCUAGCGGCACGUGAAGUCACUUACGAGCGAGUCGCGUUCGGAGACGUGGCGCAUGCGCCGCCCGCGCUGCCCGCGCCGCGCCGCGCCCAACAACACCAGGGAGCACCCAGGCCUGGCCGCCGUGACCUCCUCCUAGCAGGCAUGCUCAAACCGAGCGCUCAACAAACUCAACAGAAACCUCAACCGUCAAAGAAAACGCAAGCGAAAGCUCAGAUAAACGCAGCGGAGCAAAUGCGACGCGAACGAGCGCGUUUGGAGGCAGUGGACGCGUAUAGAGCGCUUAAGAAACAAAAGGCGGCUGAAAAGGCCAAUCACUGACGUAACGACGACCUUAUGUCUUUGUAAUAAAGUUUAUGAAUUGUCAGUUAACAGCAAACUCCUUUAUCAAUGCUGCAGUUAAUUGAAAAUAAGGGCUGUCAAAAAUGCGUACCUUAAAUUCGCCUAGUAUAUAACUUCGCCGUAAGGUCAUCGCACACUUACAACUCAACAGCCACUCGACUCCAACUCGACUCAAAAUUAAUUAUUGUAAUUAAAGCCUUACGUCGUACUCCCUAGUACCAAAGAAAGAUAUCUCCGUAAUAGAUGGAUACAAUCUAAGGAAAAAACGUGCCUCGAAAAUCAAGAAAAUUUUAUUCUCGAUCAAAUGGCGCCACUACCUUUGGCCUACUCUCGGAUAGAUGGCGUUGACGGUUUCUUUUGUUAUUUAACCAUUUUAACGCAUAUAAGUGAAAGAACAUGGGUCAAAAUCAUAUAAAAAUUAUUAAUGCAAAUAAAAAAAUCAUUUAUCCAUAUAUAAAUACAUUUUAUCGUAUUUUUAUAAAUCUUCAUUUUUAGUUUUAAAGUGUGUCGAUAGAUGGCAGUUAAUUUUCUGUGGUUACAAAAUUUACUAUGACAGUACCGCUCUAUCUUAUUAUAUCCUCUUUGCUAGUACACUUUUCAAAAUUCUGUACCGAAAGUGAGUUGAGUUAGUGUUGAAAUAGUGUGCGAAGACCUUUAACUAGCAUUAAAUCAUAAAUCCACUAUACCUUUCAUAAUAAAAAAAAAUAUAAGGCGAAGUUGGGGGCGGGUAGCGAAGAUAGAUAUUUUAAAAUAGCAAUUUUUUCUCAACCUUUUUUACGCAGCUCUUGAGCGAAGUUGGGCACCAACGGUGAAGUUAGGGUUCCCCACGGUAGAUAUUUUUGCGAACCCUGAUUUUCAAUGACUUGCAACAUCGAAAACGGGGUUUGAUGAAAGCGCAAUCAUCAUAUCCGUACUCGGCGGUAGCAUGGUCGCGUUUUUUUAAUUUAUAUCACUGGAGUGUAUUGUUACUGCCAGUUCGCGGUAUCAGUGUGUAAUAGCAGUGUGCUGUAUAAUAUUUUAGGGAAAACUCGAAAAUAAAUGU